AUAAAUGAUGUUUGGGGGGAACAGUAAGCUCAUUAAAGGGUUUGUCCGGUCAACUGGAACUAAACAGCUGUGACCUGCGGAUCUGUCGCUCCUCUAAAAUAACCACCAACGUUGAUUUAAGGUUAGAUGGAGGCAGUUUUGAGCUUGAAACCGGAGGAUCUGGAGGAUUUCUACGGAUUGUUGGGAUGUGACGAACUGUCGUCGACUGAGCAGAUUCUCAGUGAGUACAAGGUCCGGGCGUUAGCGUGCCACCCAGACAAACAUCUGGACGACCCCAGAGCCGUGGCAGAGUUCCAGAAGCUGCAGGAAGCCAAAGAGGUUUUAUGUGACGAAGGCAAGAGAAAAAACUACGACUCCUGGAGAAGAAGCGGCGUCGCUAUUCCGUUUCACGACUGGCGGGCCCUGAACGAUUCUGUAAAAACCUCGAUGCACUGGGCUGCGAGAACCAAGAAGGAACCGAUGCUGGAGGACUCCAAACCUGAGGCUCCGGCCGCUUCACAAGCAGAGGAGCGCCACCGCGACAAGGAGGCGUCGAUCUCCGCGUACGAAGCUGAGCCGCCUUCAAGCGAUUACCUCCAUCGACGUUUCCGUUGGGCUGCAGACGCUCCAUCCCGUCUGCUGCAGAAGUUCAGGAACUACGAAAUAUGAAGUCGUGAAAGAUUAAAUUCCUUUGAACGGUUCGUGCUGUGGCCGUUUAACGACGCGGUGCUUGUUAUUGUUUGUGUUUGUUCGUUAGCUACACGUCUACGUUUAAAACUAGUGGGCUGACAA